CUCUUUUAUUGCUGGUUUCGGUUUCACUCGCUCACUUUUGCUCGACAUUCGAUAUUUCGCCUAGACACUUUUUGACAAAUUUUUUCGACCUAAGAUAAUUGUAGCAUUUUUUUUUUUUUUUUGCUUCAGUCAUCUCAUUUAGUGACGCGGUUACCAGCGCCCAAAGUUUUGUCGAAUAAGCUGUUUGGCCGGUUUGCCCCUUGUUUUCCGACAUUAUCAGUCACGCACAAGGCUUCGUCUGAUAACAGCGUCGCUGUUCUCCGCGUUUCCGUUGGUUCCCGCUAGAGUACACUAGCCUACUGGCCACUUGCCAAAGUUCCCGUGUUGAGUACCGCUGUUUGUUGCACGUGCUUCGGUACCUCCGCUUACCUGGUUGCCUCCGGUAUUGUUCAUUUUGUACACUCUCUGUACGCUGCGUACACGGUGUUAUUCUCGCACGGCGAAAAGGUGAAACGUAGUUUCCCUACAGGUGAACGCGCCGGACGUUGAACUGGAUUUCGGGGCCGCUGAGCACGGUGAUUGUGUACACAUCGGAGUGAACGUUGCCUUGCCUGCUUCCGUGCUUUCUCUAUGUGAUAAAGGCGCCACGCGCAAGGCAAGAUGGACGGCUGCGUCUACACGCUCACCGGGUUCGACGACUUCUUCGAGCUGCGACGCGUCACGUUCGUCAAGCCGAUGCCGGCAAUCAGGGUAUGCGGCGUCUGCGGUCUCCUGCCUUCCCUCACUUUGAUGAUUCCGUGCGGCCACGUUCUGUGCGAGCUCUGCUUGGCGCAGAUCGCCAAGUCCGAGGGCUGCCCCUUUGAUCGGAAGACAUUCUCGCUCGCCGACGUUCGCUCGAUCACCUUCAGUCGUUCCGAGCUCGAGCAGUACCGCGUGUUCUGCUGCGCGGGAGGUGGCGGCUCCGCGUGCGGCUUUCUGGGCCAGCUGUCCGAGCUGAGGAGUCACCUGACCCAGUGCGGUAACGGCCAGGCCAAGUGCGCCAAGUGCCUUCAACCCAUAGUUCGCGGACUCUCCGUGUACCACUGUCAGAGAUGCCCGGGCGAUAACGUUCCUCCGAAGGUGGAGCUGGGGACGAUGGACGGACAAGAUAAACUGGGAGAACAAUGAACUGCGAGGCUUUGUCGACAAGGAGACCCUGUAUGUCAACGUGGAGUUCCGACUAACGCGCUUAG